AUGUACCAAACAGACGAAUUAGGGUGUAGCCAAGAAACGUCAAGAAAACGCCAAGCUUCUAAUCGUGUAACGAAGAAACGGUCAUCCAUGAUAUCGUUUUCAACCGAUGCUAAUUGCCUAGCGAGCCCAGGCCCUAAGGGUGGACGCACGGUGGAAACAUGGGCUGAUCAGGAUCUGGGUUCACAAUCGUAUCAACGAGAUCAAGGUAAUCCUGCACCCCGGAUACACGUGAAUCAUCUCGGGAGCACAGAGAUUCGUCGGGUAGGUAGGCAGGCAGGCAAGCGUCCUUCCUUCGAUAGUCGCUCGGCCAAGCGCUUCAUCGUCUUGCUUAUGGGGAAACACUCUUCCCGACGACGAAUCAUCAAACUUGACGGCGGCUUUGUUACCUAA